CCCGAAAUGGAUGGUGAAAGUUAGGGUUUUUGGAUUCUCCUAUUUAUUUUAUCCCCCUCUGUGGUUUUGAGCUUCAUUUCUUUUUCCUUUCUUUAUCACUGAAAUUCCAAGCAAAAUAUCAUGGGCAAGGGUCCUGGUCUCUACACUGAAAUCGGAAAGAAAGCCAGAGAUCUUCUUUACAAGGAUUAUCAGACUGACCAAAAGUUCACUUUGACCACUAGCUCUCCCACUGGUGUUGCAAUUACCUCUGCCGGAACGAAGAAAGGUGAUCUUUUCUUGGCUGAUGUUAAUACCCAGCUGAAGUCUAGGAAUGUUACAACUGAUAUCAAAGUGGACACCAGCUCCAAUCUAUUUACCACCAUAACAGUUGAUGAACCUGCACCCGGGCUAAAGGCAAUCUUUGGCUUCAGAGUCCCUGAUCAGAGGUCUGGCAAGAUUGAACUCCAGUAUUUGCAUGAGUAUGCUGGGAUUAGCUCAAGCAUUGGAUUGACUGCCAACCCGAUUGUUAACUUCUCGGGUGUGCUUGGAACAAAUGUUCUUGCACUAGGUACCGAUAUCUCAUUCGACACGAAGACUGGGAAUUUCACCAAAUGCAACGCGGGAUUCAGCUUCACCAAUGCAGACCUCAUUGCUUCUUUGGCUCUGAAUGAAAAGGGUGAUUCAGUUAACGCAUCUUACUACCAUAUUGUGAAUCUAUCGACCAACACUGUUGUUGGUGCUGAGGUGACCCAUAGCUUCUCUACCAAUGUGAACACCAUCACCGUGGGUACACAACAUGCAUUGGAUCCAUCAACCACAAUCAAGGCACGGGUGAACAAUGCCGGCAAGGCAAGCGCACUCAUCCAGCACGAGUGGCGCCCAAAAUCUCUCUUUACCAUUUCUGGAGAGGUGGAUACCAAGUCCAUCGAUAAGAGCCCCAAGGUCGGACUUGCUUUGGCACUCAAGCCUUGAGAGCCUAAAAAAAAAAAAAGAAGAAGCUCAUUUUGGAAAGGGUAUGGUAGACUUUAAAAGAGUUCUGAAGUUUUAGUCUGUUGUUGACAUUCAUGGUGUUGCCAUCUUACCUUUCAUGUCAAUGGUUUUUCAUUUAAAAAAAAGAAUAAAGUGAAAAAAAAAAAUGUGAGAACUGUUUUUAGUCACAUUCCUUGUUUAGUUGAGGUGAAGUACCUUUGAUUUGCCCCAUAAAUUUUUUUAGAGGCUCUCUUUGUUUUUUCAUGGAAUUUGCUGCUAAUAAAGGAAAAUAAGGGUUGUACC